UACCAGGUCUGUUUCCUUGUGACACUAGGAGAAGCAUUGAUAUGUAGCCAUGCUGUUACUGCUUUUAACUGUGGCUGCAUCUUUUACAGGUUUAUCUGAAGGAGUCGGUGUUUUACCUGAUGGUCCUCUGACAGCAUCAGUAGGAGGGUCGGUGAUGUUCAGAACAAACCUGAAUCCAACAGAAACACCAUUUUUUGCUGUGUCAUGGAACUAUGAGAAUAAGCCUAUAAUAACCUCAACGAAUGUUUUUAACACAACUGUACCAGAGUAUGAAAACAGGAUCACCCUCUUCAGAUCUACUGGAUCUCUGGAGCUCAGGAAUCUGGGACUCAAUGACAAUGGAGAAUACGACGUUAUCAUUCAACCAGCUGAUGAUUUCCAAAAGAUUGGAACAACCAGACUGGUUGUAUACGAUCCAGUGUCUGGUGUGUUGCUAACCGCCAGCAGCACAGAUCUAGUUGAGUUCAACAGUUCUGUCCGUCUGUCCUGCUCCUCCUCUGGAUCUUCUCUCUCCUUCCUCUGGAUGAACAGCAGCUCUGAGGUUACAGCCAGUGACAGAGUUCAGAUCAGCAGCUCUGAUGGAGGAUCCACUCUGACUCUAGUCACCGUGACCCGAUAUGACCUGGGACCAUUCAGCUGUAACGUGUCUAAUCCUGUCAGUUCUGCCGUCAGUGAAGCAGUAAAGCUCUCAGUCAGCUAUGGUCCAGAAAAUACACACUUGGCUGCUUCUCCAUCAGAAGAGCACUAUAUGGAGGGAUCAAACGUGUCUCUGAGCUGCUCAGCUGAGUCUAGACCUUCAGCAGAUAUCUCCUGGUUCCUAAAUGAGAACAUGCUGCCUGAUUCUGGACCAGAACUCAGACUGAUGAACAUUCAGCUGAGUCAGACUGGAAACUACAGCUGUCAGGCCUUCAACAGCAAAACCCUCAGAUACCAAACAUCUCAGCCUUUAGCAGUGACUGUUUAUGCCCCAGUCAGAGACGCGACAGUAACUCCACCAAGUGCAGACCUGAUUGAAUUCAACAGUUCUGCCCGUCUGUCCUGCUCCUCCUACGGAUUUCCUCUCAGCUUCCUCUGGAUGAACAGCAGCUCUGAGGUUACAGCCAGUGACAGAGUUCAGAUCUCUGAUGGAGGAUCCACUCUGACUCUAGUCAACGUGACCCGAUAUGACCUGGGACCAUACAGCUGUCACGUGUUCAAUGAUUUCAGUUCUGUCACCAGUGAAGCAGUAACGCUCUCAGUCAGCUAUGGACCAGAAACUGUACAACUGCAGGUUUCUCCAUCAAAAGAACACCAUAAAACAGGAUCAGACGUCCAGAUGUUCUGCUCAGCUGUUUCCAGUCCUGAUGCCUCAUUUCAGUGGUUUGUGAAUGGAAACCCACUACCUGAUACUGGACCAGAACUCAGGCUGAUGAGUGUUCAGACACAUCAGAGUGGAAGCUACAGCUGUCAGGCCUUCAACAGCAAAACUCUGAGAUAUCAAACAUCUCAGCCUUCAGCUCUUUCUGUUCUUGAUCCAGUGUCUGGUGUGUUGCUAACCACCAGCAGCACAGAUCUAGUUGAGUUCAACAGUUCUGUCCGUCUGUCCUGCUCCUCCUCUGGAUCUUCUCCCUCCUUCCUCUGGAUGAACAGCAGCUCUGAGGUUACAGCCAGUGACAGAGUUCAGAUCAGCAGCUCUGAUGGAGGAUCCACUCUGACUCUAGUCACCGUGACCCGAUAUGACCUGGGACCAUACAGCUGUCACGUGUCUAAUCCUGUCAGUUCUGUCGCCAGCAUCAGCACCAGUCUCUCCAUCAGCUAUGGUCCAGAAAACACUCUGUUGACAAUAUCUCCAUCCAAACACGAACACGUGAAAGGAUCCGACGUCCAGAUGUUCUGCUCAGCUGUUUCCAGUCCUGAUGCCUCAUUUCAGUGGUUUGUGAAUGAAAACCCACUACCUGAUACUGGACCAGAACUCAGGCUGAUGAGUGUUCAGACACAUCAGAGUGGAAGCUACAGCUGUCAGACCUUCAACAGCAAAACUCUGAGAUAUGAAACAUCUCAGCCUUUAGCUCUUUCUGUGAUUGGAGGAAGCUCUGGAUUACCUGAUGGCAUCAUCGCUGCAAUAGUGAUCGUGUGUUUAGUGAUUGUUGCAGGUGUUGGUGUUGGGUUCUGGAUCAUUAGAAAAAAAAAGGUGAGACAAAAGCCCACCAGUGGAGGCAUCUUCACCAUAACAGGUGGCGGCAGGAAGGAUCACACAGCGAACAGUGAGGGGCUGCAUUAUGCAGAUCUCAAGUUUCUCAAGAACAAAAAAGGAAAGAAUGUGAGAGAACAGAAAGAGAGUACUUUCACAGAAUACGCUCAAAUCAAAGUGAACAACGGGCCUGCUGCAUCCUCACCUCCUAGCACUAAUCAGGAGUCUAACAACACAAACGUCAGACCUGCUAACAACGACUCUGGAAGGAGAUCAGUUCUGGUGGAGUUAGAGAAUGUUCCAUCAGAUUACGCUCAGAUUAGAGUGGACAGCAGCAGACGUCCAGCACCUCCUCCUCCCACCUACGGUCUCCACACGCAGAGCGCGUCCAGACCACUUCCUGCUCCCAGAGCACAAACUUACGCUCAGGAGCAGAAUUACGGAGAUGCCAAGUUGCCCAGGAGCGGUGAUGGAAGGACAGAUCAGAUCGAGUUAGAGAACACUCCAACAAACUACGCUCAAAUCCGAGUGAACAGCAAAAAGCCUCCUCUGCCUGCUCCUCCCACCUACAAAACACACAUGCAGCAAAAACACAGGGCAGCUCCUCCGCCCGGUAACAGUCAGAUUUAUGCUCAGGUAAAUAAAAACCCACGGCGCUGAUGCAGCCAGUGAGCCGUAAAAUCCUUGUUUUGAUUCAGUUUCUCAGUUUUCUGCUGCAGUAAAUUGGACUCCAUGCAGAAUAAUUAACAUUCAGGUUUGUAAAUCGUCAACAAAGAAAUAAUCGUUAUAUUUAAAGUUUAAACAUUUUAAUAAAUGUCUGUGUAUUACGGAUACUCCUGGAUAUUACUUGAUGUUUGUGUGUUAAAGAUAGAAAAACAACAAUACAUUUUAAAGGGGGACCAUACUCCUGAGCAAUGUGGAUUUCAUCCUGGCGGUGGAACACUGGACCAGCUCUAUACCCUUAGGGGGGGUCCUGGGGGGUGCGUGGGAAUUAACCCAACCAAUCCAGAGUUUGGUGCGGAUUGCUGUCAGUAAGUCCGGCUCAUUCCCAGUCAGAGUUAGACACCGCCGAGGCGACACGUUGUCACCGAUUUUGUUCAUAAUUUUUAUGGGCAGGAUUUCUAGGUGCAGCCAAGGUGCUGAGGAGAGCCGUUUUGGUGGUCUGAGAAUCAGAUGAUGUGGUCCUGUUGGCCUCAUCAGAACGUGAUCUCCAGCUGUCGCUGGAGUGGUUCGCAGCCGAGUGUGAAGCAGCUGGGAUGAGAAUCAGCUCCUCUAAAUCUGAGACCGUGGUCCUGAGUCAGAAAAGGGUAGAUCGCCUUCUCCGGGUCAGGGAUGAGGUCCUGCCUCAAGUGGAGGACUUCAAGUAUCUCGGGGUCUUGUUCACGAGUGAGGGAAAACUGGAGCGCGAGAUCGAUAGGCAGAUUGGUGCUGCGUCCGCAGUGAUGCGGGUGUUGUACCGGUCUGUCGUAGUGAAGAGAGAGCUGAGCCAGAAGGCAAAGCUCUCGAUUUACCGGCCGAUCUACGUUCCUACCCUCACCUAUGGUCAUGAGCUUUGGGUAGUGACCGAAAGAAUGAGAUCGCGGAUAUAAGCAAUCAAAAUGAGUUUUCUCCGCAGGGUGGCUGGGCUCUCCCUUAGAGAUAGGGUGAGAAGCUCAGUCAUCCGGGAGGGGCUCAGAGGUAGAUUGGCUGCUCCUCCACAUCGAGAGGAGUCAGUUGAAGUGGCUCCUGGAUGCCUCCCUUGUGAGGUUUUCUGGGCACAUCCAACCAGACGAUGACCCAAGGGAAGACCGAUGGAGGGACUAUGUUCCUCAGCUGGCCAGGGAACACCUAGGGAGGAGCCGGCCCAGGAGGCUGGGGAGAGGAAAACCUGGGCCUCUCUGCUUAAGCUGCUGCCCUCACGACGCGACCCCGGAUAAGCAUGGACGGGUGAAUGGAUCCCAAUUGCACUGGUGCACACGUGUGUGUGAUGUAUUUCCUGCCAUUGAACAUGUCUUGGACUAUAAUUAAUAAAAAAAUCUAUUGUCUGCAUGUCAAAAUGAGCCAGACAUCAAAGUUAUAGUUCAUAGUUAACCGGAUUUCAGUUUUUUUAUUUGAUAAGAUAAAAUUGGUUGUCCAGCAGGAAAGAGGAACCUGAGUUCAGAUUCAGUUUACAACAAAGCUUUCUGAUAAACGGUCUUCCUUAUGUGUCCAAAGUGCAACUAAAGAACAGAUUUUGUAUCGUGCAAUGUGUAACUCCGCUGUUAAUUUAUAAUCAUGCUUUCAUGUUGUCUAUACAUGUUUAGAGCUCUAAUAUGUUAACACAAUGUUAAAAAAGGACUUUGUUUUUGUUAUACCUGUAAUUAAAGUCUCUUGUGCUAA